AAGACGGCGACGACUCAAAGUGAGGGAGGUCACUCUUGGUGAAAGGAGAAGAAGAAGCACAACAAGCUUAUUCGUUCGGUGAGCACAGCAACAGAUUCUCAGAUAUCCGAUGCUCCAUGCGGUUUCAUGAGAAUUGUAUCUUCCAACUGCUUCUGUACUAUUCUACGAUCCUCCUAGAAGUGGUAGAGUCAAAUGUAAUAUUCACUGUAGAAGAGAGCAAUGUAACCACACCUAUUCGUCAUUUACACCGACUUCGGCAUUCGAAAGGACCCUCUCCAUAUUUAACCGCCUCGUCAUCUGUCAUAAACCAGCGCGAGUCGAAUCGUCUGGAGUCGUUCUCACUGAAUUGCCCACAUGUUGUCGAUUCGAGUAAUAAAAACGUUCACAUUGAGGUCGUGUGGACUCUAAACGAAACUGUUUGGCUGAAGAUCGAGAAAGGCCAUCAACGAGUUGUGAAUGGAGAGUCGACGUUUAACAAGAGACGCGUGUCAGGGAAAACAGUGAUGCGUCUACUACUCAACAACGCUCGAUACCUUUUUGAUUAUGAUGAGCUAACUGGAGACUUUUCAAUGGAAAUCUCGCCAGUUCUUUGGUCUUCCGAUAGUGGAGCAUGGCAGUGUCACGUCACCGUUCGCCAGGAAAACGGGAAAUCUCACACUCUAACCAGCCGUCGUCGUAUCAAGGCAGGCGAGAUCGGAGUACGGAAAGAGACUCGUCAAGAAAUGAGAACGAAGACAAAGAAGGAGGACAUUGCGUUGCUUUCUCGGAUAGAGGAAAAGCCGGAGAAGAUGACGGAAAAGGAGGAAGAACCAAGAGUUGAGGAGAAAGAGAAUGUAGAAUUCGCUAAUGUAGGGAAAGAAUCAUCUCCGAUUCUUCUACAAAAACGAGGAGAUAGAUCGUCGGAUCACUUGCAUCACAACGUGGCAUCAUUUUCUCGAAACUCUGAUGACAACGUCUAUAUGACACGAAAAUCCGAAGAAAUUUCUACAAAUGUGAUUUUUGCUCGAACCGACGGAGCGCUUCGGCAUCAUCACAAGCCAAUCAGACAUCGAGAGUUGGAACGAUUAUUCGAUGCUCAGAUUGAUUAUGAACUCGAUAUGUCAACCGACGACAUGUACUACCAGAAUUUGAUGAACACACGAGCGCGUGCGCGGAGUGCACAUUAUUACUACAAUGAAGGAAACAGUAAACGAGCAUAUCUCACUUUUUGUUCGCUAUUUUUUGCCACUUUUUACUUGUUUUUGUGAAAAACAAUAAAUAAAUAUGGGUAACUUACC